AUGGAAGAGAAAGAGAGGUCAAAGAAGGACGAUGCAAGUCAAUUCGCCAUGGAUACAGAGAAUGAGGGGGCAGGGAAGAGGAGCGAGCUUGAUGACCACUUCGAGAGGACUAAAAGAGAGAUUAGAGAGUUGGAGCUGCUUAAGUCUGAGCUGGAAGUGGAGAGAAAUCAAAACAAAAAGACAUUACGGAUGGUCAAUAGAAAAGAGCCAGAGAUGAUGAACGACUGUCGGGAUACCUUACAAAUUGAAAGAGACAAAGUGGAAGAUUUAAAAAGACAUGUCAACUGCAUGAAACAAGAGGCUGAAGCUGAUAUGGACAAUAUCAGAAGAGAGAAGGAAACCCUCAAACAGACAAAGAGUGACAUUAUAAAACAGCAAAAAACAAUAGCAGAUGACAGGAAUAGGAUGGAAAAAGGACUGUAUGAAUCUAGAAUGGAAGACAAUACGCUAAUAAGAACAGCAAGCGUGACACAAUAUCACAGGGAUAAUCUACAAAUGCUUAAAAAUAAGACACAAGUAGACCACCAAACAAAGAUGGACAUCUUGCGGGAUGAUUCAAAUGCAGAUAUAAAAAACCUUAAAUCGCUUACACAACAGAAGAAACAGGAGUUUGAUAACCAUAGAGUGGAAAUGGAGAGGUAUUCUCAAUCAAUCCAAAGACCGAGAGAGGAACAGAUAACAUUAGGUCAUGACAUUGGAAUACAAACAGAGGAAAUUGAAUAUAUAUUGAGGACAGACCUUCUCAUAAAAAAGCAAAGAGCUUUGACCGACAUGAACAGUGACAGAGAAAAUAUGGAAAAUGUACUUCUUGAAGUCCAAAAGAACAUCCAAGAACUUCAUAAAGAGAUACAAGACAUGGCCCAAAAACAGAAACAACAAGUGGUUCUAGAGAGUGACUUGAAACGAUUGAUGGAUGAUAUCCAAAUUGGGUUCAACGUUUUAAGAGUGAUAUAGAAUAAGAAGGAGGAGCUUAAAGUGAUCAUGGACGGAAUCUUUGAAGAGACAGCACAGCUUGAACAAGAGAAGCUUGAUAUUGAUGAAGAGCGAAGAAAGGCCUUGGAAGAAAGGAAGAUCCUAGAAAGAGAUUUGUCGGAAGUAAGGAUGAGAGAAGAAGAGGCCAUGCAAACGAUGAGACACAACACAAAUAUGAAAGAGGCAAUAAAAGAGUUGGUUGAAAAGACACAUCAAGACAUUACAAUGAAGAUGCAAUUAACAGAGCAGAAGAUUCUGGAUGCACAAAAACAGACAACCAACUUGGAAAUUCAGCAAAAAGAAAUUGAACAGCAGAAAUUGGAGAUUGACAAGCACUUCAAACAGAUAAAAAGACAAAGAGAAGAUCUGAUCAAUAUGAAAUCGGACAUGAUGGUACAAAAACAAGAAAUGCAAAAGAAUUGGAACGAGGAGCUUCUACUGGAGAAGCAAGAUCUCAAAAUUGAAAAGGAAGCAGUAUACAGGCAAAGCAAAUAUCUGGACACAGUUAAAGAAACAAUCAACAAAGGCAACCUUUAUUUGGAUACCAUGAGGUCUGAAAUCCAGAAUGAUACAGAGGCAGAUUAUAUGCAAGCCGGAAAAGAAAGAGAGAACCUGAAUAUGCUAUCCUUAAAACUCAAAGAGAUGAUAAUUGUGUUACAAUGUACUGUAAGAAAACAUGAGGAAAACAAAAUGAAACAACAAGAAUGUGAUGAUAAAUGGAAAACUAUGCUGCAUUCGUAUUUGCAUCUUGACAAAAUUAAGGUAGAUUUGAAAGCUCAAUAUGACGUUGUCGUAAAAAAAAACUUCUGUGGGAUGUAACAAGAAAAAAGAAGAGAAACAAGGUACAAAUUGAACAGAUCUCUGUUCAAACCUAACCUUCUAACCUUCUAACCUUCCUCAAGUGCAGAUCAAACAAAAAGGCCCCGAAAUGCCCCCAAGUGGUGCAGAAGAGAGCUUUACAAGAAUAAACAAUGACGAUCCCAUACAUGCAUGGGACGGCAGUAGCUCAGGUGGUAGAGCAGGUUGGCUGGUAACCUGAAGGUUGUUGGUUCGAUCCCCGGCUUUACCAAGCAGUGUGUCGAGGUGUCAUUGACAAAGCACCUAACCCUGACUGAUGUUGCGAUGUGAUGUCGAAUCCAGACAUCCUGCUGAUGCUGGAACAGAGACUUCCAACUCUCAGAAAGACUCAGCAGAAGCCAUGAAAGGACAUGAAAUGCGCCGAGCGGGAAAACAUGAUGAUGACAACACAAUGAUAACGAUGACCACCAAGACAACGCCACAACAGCUGAAAACAUUUCUACAAAAGAACAUAUCUCUGACCAAGAUCAAUUGUGGAAAGAGACAAGAAUGGAACGGAGGGAGAUGGACCGCAUGAAGAGCAGAGGUACCAAGAUGAGAAAGAACCCGGAGCAGAAGCUGCAGACCAUUCGUGACAUACUCAAAAGGCCUCACCUGCAAAGAGAGGACAAAGAGCCCUCGCAGACAACGAGCAGAGAUCCGCAAGAGGAAGACGGAAUCCACCGGCAGAGAGGGAGACGGAAUCCACCGGCAGAGAGAGGACAAAGAGCCCACGCAGACAACGAGCAGAGAUCCGCAAGAAGAAUACUGAAUCACCAGCAGCCAAGCAACUGACAGACGCUAGCUGACAAAUACAGAGAGCUUGAGGAGCUCUGAGAGCACAUUCUGAAGAUGGACUGACUGCCGUGCAGAC